AUCCCCGCUGCGAUGAUGGAGGUUUCUCUUUAUAGUAUUACAGGGAGCAUCAGUGACCGGGCUUCAAUUACUCUACUCAGGGGGGCGGUGCACUUCUCCAGACCCCUCCCGCCCUCUAAAGCCGCUCCGCAAACAGCGACCAGCAGCAGUCCGGAGCCAGCUGCCUCCCAUGCCCGCAGCCUCUCCGGGACACAGCGCCACCGAUCAAGCGUGUUGAGGCUGGAAGUGGGAGGAAGCAUGCUGGAAAACGGCAGGAAGGUUUAUAAGGAGGGUCUGCUGGAGAAGCGGAGCGACGGGCUGCUGCAGCUCUGGAAGAAGAAGCGCUGCGUCCUGACGGAGGACGCCGUGCUGCUGCUGCCGCCCAAGCAGCACGAUCACCCGCAGCAGCAGCACGGAGGGGAGCCGGGCAGAGUCAAGGAGCUCCACUUCGCCAACAUGAAGACGGUGGACUGCGUGGAGCGGAAGGGAAAGUACGUGUACUUCACCGUGGUCAUGGCGGAGGGGAAGGAGAUCGACUUCAGGUGCCCGCAGGACGAGGGCUGGAACGCGGAGAUCACCCUGCAGAUGGUCCAGUACAAGAACCGGCAGGCGAUCCUGGCUGUCAAGUCCACCCGGCAGAAGCAGCAGCUGCUGGUGGUGCAGAUGCCCGGACACAAGAGCGUCCGGAGCGCGCCGAGCGUGGCGUGACGCGCGGGGCGCCCCGCAGACACCCGCGCGCCUUCAGCGGUGGAUUUGACUCUCAGCCGUGGAAGAAUAUAAACCCGGGCUUCAUCUCCCCCUGCUGCCGCUUCACCGAGCUCUCGUUUUAUGUCGUGGUCUCCACACACCAGCCCCCCCACCCACCCACCCACCUCUUUUAUUAAUACAGUGACUUGCUUCACAAAAGACUGAUGGACUAAAAGCAUGUGAGAAAACACCUGUAUUCUACCGUGCAAUGGAUUUGUCCCUUAUUUAUUAGAUGUGUGUGUGUAUAUAUCUAUUUUUUAUAAAAAUGUUCUGUCUUUGAAUGUCAAAGGUGGGAUGUGCUGGAGUGGAACAGGAAGCAUUUGGUCGACGUGGAAACGUCUAACAAACCGGAA